AUGCACACCAGCUCCCACCACAGCACCCACACCCGCUCCCACGCCAGCACCCACACCAGCUCCUUCACCAGCACUCACACCAGUAUUCAGAACUGCACCCACACCAGCAAUCACACCAGCACCCACCACAACACUCACACCAGCACCCACCACAGCACUCAGAACUGCACCCGCACCAGCAAUCACACCAGCAACAGGUGGAGCGUCUCUUCUCUGCUGCGCGCCGCUGCGCGUCGCUCCCGGUUGGUAUACAAACGCUUCUCAGCAAGUGCGCUCGUCCGAGAAGAGCUGCGCGUCACUCACUGCGCGUGCGGUGGGUACGGGGCGUGA